UCUACGUGGGCAGUUACUUCCGCACAUACCCAGUGGCGUGGUAGCCAAUGUUCCGUAAUCUUCGAACCAGCCCCGCUUGUGAGUGGGUGUUGCUCCUCGAGUCUCUGGGAGAUGUCUGUAAACUGAAUUAGGGUUUAGGGCCGGAGCUGGGAGCGUGGCGGUGAAAGGCUGAUCGAUCUCUGUGCAAGAGUUGCAGAAAAUGAUCAACUUCCAGGGAUCAGUGACAUUCCAGGAUGUGGCUCUGGACUUCACCCCAGAGGAAUGGCAGCUGCUUGACUGUGAUCAGAGAACCUUGUAUUGGGAUGUGAUGUUGGAGAACUUUAGAAACCUCAUCUCAGUGGGAGGUCCGGUUACCAAAACAAAAGUGAUCUUCAAGCAAGGGCAAGAACCACAGAUGGUGGAGAGAGAGAACCCAUAUUGGAGCCAUCCGGAAGCCGAGUGCCCACAUGUUGAUGCAUCAGAGAAGCACCAGGAAAGCAAGGACAGUUUUUUGAAUUCAGUUUUGUUUACAUUCAAUAAAAUUCUGACUAUGGAGAGACUCCAUGGUUAUAAUAUGAGCACAAGUCUUAAUCCUACAAGAAAAAGAUCAUAUAAAUGCAAAUCACAUGGAAAGAGUUUUCAACCCACUUUAGACUUACUUAAUUAUAACAGAUUGUAUACUGGAGAAAACCUUUAUGAAUGCAAGGAAUGUGGGAAAGCCUCCAAAAAGAAGUUUCAUGUCAUUAGACAUGAAAAAAAUCAUACAAGAAAAAAACACUUUGAAUGCAAUGAGUGUGGUAAAGCCUAUAGCAGGAAGGCACACCUUGCAAAUCAUCAGAAGGUUCAUAGUGGAGAGAGACCCUUUGUGUGCAAUGAUUGUGGAAAAGCUUUUAUGCAUAAAGCACAGCUCGUGGUCCACCAGAGACUUCACACUGGAGAGAAACCUUACGAAUGCAGUCAGUGUGGGAAAUCGUUCACUUGGAAUUCCUCCUUUACUCAACAUGUGAAAUCUCAUACACUGGAGAACUCAUUUGAAUGUAAAGAAUGUGGAAAAACCUUCAAGUACAGUUCAUCCCUUUACAAACAUUCCAGGUUUCAUACUGGAGAGAAACCAUAUCAAUGUAUCGUAUGUGGCAAAGCCUUUGGCAACACAUCUGUGCUUGUUACACAUCAAAGAAUUCACACAGGAGAGAAACCUUAUGGAUGUAUUGAAUGUGGCAAAGCCUUCAUCAAGAAGUCUCAUCUCCUUAGACAUCAGAUCACUCAUACAGGAGAAAAGCCUUAUGAAUGUAACAAAUGUGGGAAAGCAUUUUCACAGAAGUCAAAUCUUAUUGUACAUCAGAAAAUUCACACAUAAUAUUCACUUAUGAAUAUGAGAAAGCCUUAGAUAUCGAAUAAAUCUUAUUAAAUAGAGAAUUCAUGGUGAGGUGAAAUCCAUGAAUUUGAGUGAAUUUGGAAAUGUAGAUUCCCAUAAAAAGAUAGUCAAUGCCAAUCAUGUUCUGGAAGUGAUAAUAAAGAUUCUAUAGAAAAGAUCACAGAAAACAUUGAAUUAUAAAUAAUAGAGCAUAGAACUUAGAAAGAAAGCAUAAAUUAAGGAAUCAGUGAAAACCGAAUUUACCAUAUCUUUAUUUUUAUAACAUUAUAUAAUUAUGUAAGUGAAUUUAAAAUGUUUAUAUGUUAUACUAAAUUAUAUAAAGUUUCUGCAGUAAAUAUCACCACUUUUCUUCUAACAACAUACAAGUGAAAAAAAUGUGUUUUGAUAUCUAGUAUGAAUUUCAGUAAUAUUUUCUCCCAUUCGCUGGCACUUUUAAUGGGCAUGGCAGUGUUACUGAAUUAGUGUCUCCUCUUUAAUUAUAAAACUUGUUAUAAAGAUACUUUCCUAUGUAUGUAAACACCAAAACAAAAAAUUUAACAAGAUACCAAUUGAGAGGGAAAAAGCAAUUGUAUUCUGUAGUGCAAUAAGCAUUCAGUUCAGGGAAAGAAGUAUUUAAAUAAGUAUGUAAUUAAAACAUUUACACUCAAACAUUCCUGUUCUUUUUCAUUGGUGUAUCUACAUAAGAUGUAAGCGCAGUUCAAAUAGUAUUUAACUGAGGUGUCUGUAUUUGAUUUUAAUAAAGUAGGGUGUCAUGAUAUCUUGCAACCUUCGA